CCAGAGCAGUUUCACUUCUGAGUUUAUCCCGUCUGAGUUAACUUCCUCACCCAGAUCGCAGGAACUGGCAGCCACGGAGGGACUAGGAGGGACUAGCAGCGAAUGUGACCGCUGUAGGUGAAGGAACAGCCCAGGCCCCGCUCUUCUGGGUGGAGGGCUAGGACGCGUGAGCAUAUAGAAGACCUCAUGACCUGUGGAGGCCAGGGGCAGCCAGUACAUUGCACAAAGGCUCAGGUGAAGUGAAUUUCCAUCGCUGUUAGGAAAAUUCUGGUGGCUUCAUCUCUGCCUCUAGAUCCGACAUUGGAGCUUUUCAGGACAAGCCAUGGCCUCAUCCCCAGCCACCAAGAUGAGGGAGGAAGCCACCUGCCCCAUCUGCCUGCAUCUGAUGACUGAGCCGGUGAGCAUCAACUGUGGACACAGCUACUGCCACUCGUGUAUAGUGAGGUUUCUUCAGAAUCUCUGCCAGACACAACCACGGCUGGAGACGUUCUCCUGUCCCCAGUGUCGGAUGCCAUUUGGAAUGUCGAGCCUCCGACCCAAUAAGCAGCUGGGAAGCCUCAUUGAAGCUAUCAAGGAGAUGGACUGUGAAAUGUCAUGUAAGGAUCAUGGAGAGAAGCUCCAUCUGUUCUGCGAAGACGAGGGCCAGCUCAUCUGCUGGCGCUGUGAGCGGGGACCGCAGCACAAAGGGCACGUCACAGCUCUUGUUGAAGAUGCAUGCCAAGGCUACAAGGAACAGCUCCAGAAAGCUGUGACAAAAUUGAAGCAACUAGAAGAAGAAUGUAUGAACCUGAAGGUGUUCACGGCAAACCGAAUAACAGAAUGGAAUGAGAAAAUAGAGAUUCAGAGACAAAAAAUCCAGUCUGACUUUAAGAAUCUCCAGAGUUUUCUGCAUGAGGAAGAGAAGUGUUAUCUAUGGAAACUGGAGAAAGAAAAAGAGCAGACUCUGAGGAGACUGAGAGACAAUGAGGCCAACCUUGAACAAAAGAGCCAUGAACUCAAGAACCACAUCCUGGAACUAGAGAACAAAAGUCAGGGCUCAGCCCAGAAAUUGCUGCAGAAUGUGAAAGACACUUUGAGCAGGAGUUGGGCUGUGAAGGUGGAAACACCAGAGAUUCCCUCUUUAAACCUUCGAACUGUAUGCAGUGUUUCUGAGCUUUACUUUGAUGUGAAGAAAAUGUUAAGGAACUAUCAAGUCAGCGUGACUCUGGAUCCAGAUACAGCUCAUGACGAGCUAAUUCUGUCUGAGGAUCGGAGACAAGUGACUCGGGGAUGCCCCCAAGAGAAUCUUGCUAUUUCUUCUAGAAGAUUUAGCGCCUUACCCUGUAUCCUGGGCUGUGAAAGUUUCACUUCAGGAAGACAUUAUUUUGAAGUGGAUGUGGGAGAAGGGACUGGGUGGGAUUUAGGAGUCUGUAUGGAAAAUGUGCAGAGGGACACUGGCAUGGUGUUGACACCUCAGGAUGGGUUCUGGGCCAUCAGACUGUGCAGAAAGAAAGGCUAUAUAGCGCUUACCUCUCCCCUAACUUUCCUUCCACUAAGGGAGCAGCCUCUGGUUGUGGGGAUUUUUCUGGACUGUGAGGCCGGAAUCAUAUCUUUUUACAAUAUGACUACUGGCUCCCACAUCUUUACCUUCCCGAAGGCUUCCUUCUCUGAUACUCUCCGGCCUUUUUUCCAGGUCUAUCAAUAUUCUCCUUUGUUCCUGCCUCCCGUAGAUGAGUAAGGGAAGGAGCCAAGUCUCCUUCUUGAUUUAACUAGCAUAGAGGCUAUAAAUCCCAUAAGGGCAGAAAUGUGGUCUAUUUUCUUCACUGCUAUUUCCCUGAACAGUGCUGGGCUUUUAGUGGAUACUUAAUAAACCCUCAUUGGAUGAAUGGCUACAGUGACUGUAAAAAUACCACAGAUGGUCAGCAUGAUUUGGGGGAAAGCAAGAUAAUAACAAUAAUCAUGCUCUGUCCUCUCUGUCCCUUUUCAAUAAGUUCAGAACUUUGAUUUCCAAGAGUGCUUGGGUGAUCAGGAGAGUGACCUAGAGGUCAGGAGGUCUGAGUUCUCCCAGUAUGUUUGAGGCCAUUUAAACUCAUGGGUGGGAAAUGAGGGGAAGCUGCAAUUAUGUCUGUCAACUGCAGAAAAGAGCAGGAAAAUGAAAAUGAUGGUGACUCUUCUAACCACUGACAUGUUGAUUAAUAAUCUGAGUGUAGCCCUGGAUGAUGUAGUAAGUGCAGAUGGCAACCAGAUCUGGUGAGCUCCACCUAGGCAAUAACCAAGGAAAGUGUGAGAGAAGACUUAAAAUUAGCUCACAGUGAGAUGUUUCACAUGGGAAGGAGAUUCAGAGUAAAAAUGAAUUUUCAUGGGAGAUUCAGUCCUGGAAAAGAAGUUGAUAUUUUCUAGAUUCUGCUAGAGCGAGCUAUCUUGAAAUAUUUUAAAAUCUCAAUAAAUAGUUAUUGUUAGCAUGA